UAUCCGAAGCCGGCCAAGCACGCAAUCCCUGCCACCCCCCGCCUCGUGUAUGCAAGUUGCAGUAGUUGGUGUCGGUGUGUGAGGAGGCAGAGGGGAAGCAGCGGGCCUAUCGGAGGGAGGUCCACAUCUUGAGGGAAAAUCAAGAGGCGGCAAGGUUUUCGGCGGUUUUUCGGCCAUCAUCGUCCGCACGGAGGACGAGGAGCAAUGGAUGCCUCGUGUUACAAGGAGGCGCUCGCUUCGGCAAAGGCAGCAGCCUUAGCUGCCGGAGAGAUCAUUACCGCGGCCAUCUCGUCCCAGGAGAACUCUCAGCUUCAGGUCAAAAGCGGCGUCGAUCUUGUGACUGAGACAGACAAGGCCGCCGAAAGAACAAUCAUCGAGCGACUGAGGGCGUCGCAUCCGGACCACCAAUUCAUGGGCGAGGAGUCCACCUUUGAGGAGGCCGGUGGUGGGAAAGCGGUCGACGCGGACACCAUCGGCACGUCCCCGACGUGGGUAAUCGACCCGCUGGACGGUACGACCAAUUUCGUGCACGGGUACCCGCUCUUCUGUGUCAGCAUCGCGCUGGCUGUGGAUGGUGUGCCGGUUAUCGGUGUCGUGUACCACCCUGUGUCGGGGGACCUGUACACUGCGUGCCGCGGUGAGGGAGCCUUCCUGAAUGGCGUCAAGGUUGAAGUGCGACCUGCGCAGGGACUCGGCGAUGCCCUGGUGGUUAACAAUAUCGGGCCUGCCAGAGACGAAGCCUUCAUUGCUAAAACUCUGGGGAGACUGGGGGAACUGCUUCGGAGGAAUGUGCAGGCGAUCCGCAUGUCGGGGUCGGCGGCCCUGAACAUGUGCCACGUCGCUUGCGGGAGGUUAGACUGCUACUACGAAGACGGGUAUGGUGGACCGUGGGACGUCGCCGCGGGUCUGGUCAUCGUCAGAGAGGCGAAAGGCGUCGUGCGAGAUUUGCAGAACUCGGAGUUUGUGCUCAAGCCUGGGAAGGGUCGGGUGGUGUGCGGAAACGAAAGGGUUGUCAACGAAGUUUGCGCUGCUCUGGAGGCUGCGGACAACCGGGGAGGCAGUCCCAGCUGACGGUGUACAUCACUCUGCACAACCCGCCGUGCCAACCCCUUCCCGUUGUAGUUGUACGUACUCCCUGUACCGUGACGGCGGGUGCUGGGGACGGGCGUGAAAAAUGUCAGAAUCCUGACACCAGUUGACUCAAGUACACUCGUGUUGUGAUAGUUGGAACGCUGAACUUCACGCGGCACCACCAGAGGGUCAUGUUGAGCACGUCGCAGCAAGUCCCUAUUGCUGUCUACACCAAGUAACAGACCAGGGAUAGCUACGGCGAGAGUCUGGAGCCACCCGCUUUGUUAUUCUUCAGUGAUGAAGAAAGAGGCCCGAACGUGCGCGUUUGUGUGACAACUGCUUUGUUUCAACAUUGAGACAGUUGCGGCCGCCUUAUAUUAGAAGUGUGGUGGACGCAGCGCGCCAAAGGGGGAACGAUAUUGCUAAAGUAAGUGUGAUGAUCGGACAAAGAUGAUUUGCUGUAUUUCAUGGUUUGUUGUCCUAACCCCACGAGAGUUUUGGUUACGGUCUGUAUGCCACGCAUUCCCGUCGUCCACAAGCGCCGACAGCGGGCUCUACAGACAUGUGCGGGUUAGUAUUGCCCAUUCUCGUGGUCGGAUUCUGCUUUGUCAGCCGGAUUGGGUGCACAGGACAGUCGCAAAGAUCCGUUACUGGCGGAAGACGAUCUCCCCCGAACACCCUUUGUACUUUGUCGCAGGGCGAGGUCUGCUGUAAGAUGAUGAAAUGUCGUGCAUAUAGGUGGCGUGAAGACCUGUGGGAGGCGCGAGGGUCGGAUGGCCUUAAAACUGGGCAUAUAUGUAUCGAUUGCUGUUUGGUU